AUGUUCCGUUCGCCGUGUCGCCCGCUCGUCUCGGCUAUUCAAUCCCAGUCGCGUCGAGCAUUCGCCAACGAAGCCCAUGUGUCCGCUGGCGGGCCGACUUUUGGACUCAGCGAAGAUCAGGAAGCAUUCCGGGAUCUGGCUCGUCAAUUCGCGCGAGACGAGAUCAUCCCCGUCGCGGCCGAGUAUGACCGAUCGAUGAAGUUCCCCUGGGACGUGAUCAAGAAGGCACACGGCGCCGGCCUUUUGAACGUCCACAUCCCCGAAGCGGUAGGUCAGCCUCUUCUCGACAUUGUCAUACAUCGAGACAGGUCAUCUUUCCCUCUUGAACUUGACCGGGAUGGUGGCCAGCUCCGGGACAUUCUUCUUGGAACGAGCCGUCCGGCCCCCGCUGGGCCCGGCUAUGGUGCGCCAAUCACGCGCAUCCCGGUGCGUGCCCCGUGCCAUCGCAGUCGUCACUUCUCCGAAUAAUGAUGGUGGGCCGGACCAUCGACUUUUUCGCCACCAAAUCUGGACUUUCGCGACGCUCUACGGAUCUUCCAAAGCUCCCAUCAUUCAAAAUGUAUGCGAGGUGAGCUGACAUGAACCUUCGCCUUGCAUCGUCACACAGUAUGGUGGCCCGGGCCUUUCGGUCAUGUCUUCGGCGCUCGUGUCGGAAGAAUUGGCUUACGGUUGCACCGGCAUUCAAACCGCAAUGGAAGCCAAUGGACUGGCUCAAGCACCGGUCAUCAUCGCUGGCUCGGAAGAGCAAAAGCACAAGUAUCUCGGUCGCAUGACCGAGGAACCCAUCAUGUGUGCCUACGGUGAGUCUCGAGGAGUACGGACAGUGCGCUGCGCUCGGGCUCAUCGGGUGGAGGCUCUUGUUACUAUGUAAAAACUGAACCCAUUCCCGCCUUCCCGCCGUCCGCCGAAUGCAGGUGUCACCGAACCAGGAGCCGGCUCCGAUGUCGCUGGGAUCGCUACUCGUGCGACCAAGGAAGGUGACCAUUACGUCCUCAACGGCGCCAAGCUCUGGUUCGUUCAUGCCUUCUCGGCUCGCUGUCUCGACUGUCCGAUUGAAGCUUUUGCAUGCAUUCUCAAUGAUGCGUACAAUGGCCGUGACAGAUGCCGCUGCCGCCACGUGCCGAUAGCUGACCAGAUCUUCAACUUCGCCGUUUAUCGAUUGCAGGAUCACGAAUGGGGGCGUCGCCAACUGGUACUUCGUUCUCGCCGUGACCGACCCAUCGGCCAAGCCCCACAGGCGGCUUAGUGGUUUCAUCGUCGAUGGCGAUGCCGAAGGUAUCACGGUCGACUCCAAGCUGGUCAACAUGGGCCAGCGAUGUUCCGACACACGCCCUAUCGCCUUCGAGAACGUCAAGGUGCCGGUCGCUAAUCUGCUCGGCAAGGAAGGCGACGGGUAAAUACUUCGAGUCCAGAUUGUUUCUCCAUCCUGCACUAAAGGGGGGAAGGCUGGCGCUUCGUGACUGGUCCGUUAAAGUUCAUCUACUGACUGUGCUCGCUUGCUUUACGCGCUACGCAGCUUCAAGAUCGCCAUGGGCGCCUUCGACAUCACGCGCCCGCUCGUAGCGGCUGGUGCGGUCGGACUCGCCCAACGCGCGUUGGUCGAAGCUGCCAAGUACGCGCAGGAGCGCAAGACGUUCGGUGUACCGAUCAUCAAGCAUGGUGCGGUUGCGCAGAUGCUCGCCGAGAUGGCGAUCGGUGCCGAGUCGGCGCGCGCGAUGGUAUGGCGAGCCGCUUCGGCCAAGGACCACAACGAUCCGCGGUGUACCUAUUACGCUUCGGUCGCCAAAGCCCUGGCGUCGCACCACGCCGUUUCGAACGCGAAUCUCGCGGUCCAAGUUUACGGUGGCGCCGGUUUCAACUCGGAAUACCCCGUCGAGAAGUUGUAUCGCGAUGCCAAGAUCUUUGAGAUCUAUGAAGGCACGACCCAGAUCCAGAAGUUGAUCAUUUCGAGGAUCGUCGAAAAGGAUUUCCAGAUCUGA